AUGAGCAACAUGACGGUGCUGCUGCUGGCGCUGCUGUGCUUCUCCAGUAGACUUCCUACUGCGGCAGCGCAAGUAGGCGACACGAGAAUUGUUGGUGGAACUCAAGUUGGUAUGGACGAGUUCCCUUUCUACGGAGAUUGGGAAUGGGGCUGUGGAACUUCUCUUAUUGGACCAAACAUGGUCCUUACCGCGGCUCACUGCGAAGAUUCCAGCAGAGGUGAUCCCAUUCGGUUCCGAACCAACAUUGCCGAUGACCCAAUGGCCACACCCUACUAUGUGGACGACUACUGGGUACACCCCCUCUAUGAUCCCACCUUUGGAGAGUCCUUUGAUUACAUGGUCAUGAGGCUCACAUCCGUCGUCAACAAUCCGGAAUAUGCACUUCUCAAUGACGACCCUAACUUCCCAUCACCAGGAGAAUCUCUCACUGUCAUGGGAUCUGGAUGGCUCUCGGAAACUGCUGGAUCCUCCUCUCCCACUGUACAAAAAGUUGACGUCGACUACAUUGAAGACUGUAAAGCAGGUAAUUCAGCAUAUGCCACAUACACUUACCUACAUCCAGGACCUUUUGAAGAAAUGAUGUGUGCUGGAUACAUGACUGGUCAACAGGAUGCCUGUUUCGGAGACUCGGGAGGUCCACUUUUCAAGGAAACCGCUCCUGGAGAAUUCACACAAGUUGGAAUUGUUUCCUGGGGAGAUGGAUGUGCCAGAGCUAGAGCUCCUGGGGUAUACUCUCGUGUUUCCACUGCCUAUCAUUGGAUCAAGAGCAUUGCCUGCCAUGAAACUAAUGGGGAACCCGUUGGUCCCAUGCACAAGAUUGCCCGUGGUAACUUUUUCAUUAAAAUCAAGGACGAUGCCAAUCUAGGCCAAAUUUCAAUGAUUCUCCGAUACAAACGACCCAACCACGAUGCGGAAUGGAGAACUGUUGGAGAAUGGGCUCAAGGACACUUUGGAGGCGACGCCACUGCAGAUACUGGAAGUCAAGAGAUUCAGUACCACGAACAGCCUGCUUUGGGAUACUACGAUUGCAUCGUCACCAGUGCCAAUGGUCAAGGGCUCCCUGCUGGAACCAUCGAAUUCUACCAAGUCAGCGAGCAGAAUUCCAACAAUGUUCAGUUCUUGGAUGCCUGGGACGGAGCCGUUGAUGCUUCCACGGGUGUUGGUAACAAGGUCUUCCGAUUGGACGUCUGGUUCCAUUAG